GCUCUUCAAAAUGUCGCUGUUUCUUUCGCUGAUUUUUGUUUUGGUGUCGCUGGUCGUGUUUGCCGUCCGGCGGAGACUCGGAUAUUGGCAGCGGAGGGGUAUACCUCACGAUGCACCCCACCCAAUUUUUGGACACCUUAAGGAUUGGCCCAAGAAGCGACACUUUUCCGUGAUUUUUAGGGACUACUAUAACAAGUACAAAAGUUCUUCUCACCCCUUUGCUGGCUUCUUUUUCUUCUUAACUCCAACGGCUGUCGUCACUGAUCUGGAACUGGUGAAAAGGGUAUUGAUCAAGGACUUUAAUCACUUCGAGAAUCGGGGAACCUUCCACAAUGAAACCGAUGAUCCGCUUUCGGGCACGUUGUUUUCCAUUGAAGGCCAAAAGUGGCGACACCUAAGACGCAAGCUGUCACCCACUUUCACGUCCGGAAAGAUGAAGCACAUGUUCCCCAUUGUGGUCAAAAUUGGAGAAGAAUUGGAGAAAGUGUUUAACGAGAAAACAGUUUCAAGCCAAGUUGUGGAAGUGGUUGAUUUGGUGGCACGAUUUACUUCGGAUGUCAUCGGAUCCUGCGCUUUUGGUCUGCAAUGCAACAGUCUCCAUAAUCCCAAAGCAGAGUUUGUGACGAUGGGUAGGCGGGCAAUCACCGAGCGGAGAUACGGGGGUUGGCUGGACUUCUUUUUCUUCGGAUUCCCAAAACUGUCCCGCCAACUGCAUUUAAAAAUAAAUAUCCAAGAAGUGGAGGACUUUUACACUAGGAUUGUUCGAGACACCAUCGACUACAGGCUGAAAUCGAAGGAGAAAAGGAACGACUUUAUGGACAGUCUGAUUGAAUUGUACCAGAAGGAACAGGAGGGCAAUUCGGAGGAUGGAUUAACCUUCAAUGAGUUGGCUGCCCAGGCCUUCAUAUUCUUUUUGGCUGGUUUCGAGACGAGCUCUACCACAAUGGGCUUUGCUCUCUACGAACUAGCUCUCAAUCAGGAUGUCCAGGACAGAUUACGAAAGGAAAUCAAUGAAGGUCUCGCUAAAAACAAUAAUGUGUUUACCUACGAGGGUGUUAGAGAAAUGAAGUACCUGGAACAGGUCAUAAUGGAAACCCUACGGAAGUACCCCGUCGUGGCUCAUCUGACAAGGGAGACUGAGACGGACUUUUCACCAGAGGAUCCUAAAUACUUUAUUGCCAAGGGAACACAGGUUGUGAUUCCUUCCUUGGGCAUUCACUACGAUCCGGAUAUUUACCCUGAGCCGGAAAAGUUCAAGCCAGAGCGAUUCACGGAAGAGGCCAUUGCCGCCCGACCAUCCUGCACCUGGCUGCCCUUCGGCGAAGGUCCUCGCAACUGCAUCGGCUUACGAUUCGGUUUGAUGCAGUCACAGGUGGGACUAGCUUACUUGAUCAGGAGUUUUAAGUUUUCUGUUGCUCCCGUCACUCAAAUACCUAUGAAGUAUGUGACACCUAAUAUUCUGCUUUCGGCAGAAAAUGGCAUUUAUCUGAAGGUGGAGAAGAUAUCCCAGUAAUAUCAUCAGAUGCUACUAGUCUGAGGAUUCCUAGCAUAUUUGAACAGCAGUUUCGUUUUUGUACAGUUGGGGUUUGUGGUUUAAUCAAUAAA